AUGUCCUUGACGCUGUCUCCGCGCCAGGCCGUCAACUCUACAGAUACUGACCUGGGCGUUGAAUUCGGCACCCAGAAGCCCACAGGAUUUGUACGCCAGGCGCUGCCGCUGAAGCACAGCGAGAAUGAGUACGGGGUCAACAGCUUUGUGUUUACGCCCCCGCAGGAUUGUCGCCUUGAUGAGAAAAGCCCCCUCGCAGGGCCUUGCGACAGGCGCCAAGCCGAUGCCGCUAGUGGUCAGCAGGUAACUCACGCAGCCAUGGUGUCGCAGCUGGCAGAUCCCCCCGUUCCGACCUGGGCGCAAGCUGCUCAAGCGGCACCCUCGGCGUCAAGCAGCUCGGUGUCUGGCCGAUCGCAUGUCCCUGAAGUCCCACUUUGGUCAACUGGUGUGUCCAACGGGACGACUCUCGCUCCGCUCCCAGCGCCGCAGCCCGCGGGCGCUACGAGUCUGAACAAGCGGCGGAUUUUCCUGCGGUAUGUGCAGGGAGAUGCUCCACAGAUAGACCUCGCGAACCUGAAUGGUGGACAGGGCAGCCCCGUGAUCAUCCAGGCGGUGACGCCCGGGGGACGGGCAGAGCAGAACGGCGUCAAGCCAGGUGCUGUGAUCCGAAGCGUCAACGCCAGCACCACUUUCAGAUCGUUUCCUGCAUGGCAGGUGCGGGCGAUGCUCCACGCUCCAGUGACGGUGGAGGUGGAGCAGGACAUGGUUCUGUCCCCUGCAUCUCCGCGUUGCAAGGAGAUCCGGCUCACGCGGAAGAGCGAGCUGAAGCUGGGCAUCGCCCCCCGCAAUGGUGCCUGGAGCCAGAAGGACAAUGUCCUCCUUGCAGAGGAGGUCGUUUUCAAGCCUCGUACGGCUCCGCUGUGGAUCAGCUCCUACCACAGGGAUCUCGUUGGUUCUGUCCCGGAAGGGCGGAUUGUGGUCGAUACCAUCGACCUCCCCCGAGCCACCAGCCCGGUGAUCUACGAGCUCCGGAGGCCGGAAGCGCACAGACUGGUGGACAAUGCAGUUCGAACUGCCUGGGCAACGGUCUCAAAGGAGGCAGACCACGUUGCACGAGUCCCUCGAGGCUCCCGCUCUCGAAGCCAUUCUCCUUUCUGCGGCUUGGAAGAGUGCCUGCCGCAGUGGGCCGGGGGCCCGAUGACGCAGAGCCCCAGCUUUGACGGCACCUGGCGCUGGCCGGACCCAGGUCUUCGGCCAGUGAGCCCCCGACAGCGCAGCGCCACUUCUAGAGGCGGCGCGGGCAACGCAGGCCCUGGGAUUCCUCGGAGUCCGCGGCAGUGGCAAGCUUCGGGGCAGCCUCCGAGCUGGGCAGCGCUGCAUGGGAGUGGGCAAGACUCACCUCCCCAGCUGCCGCCGCUGCCCGCUGCCAGCAGAGGAAUGUGGCAAGAUGGUGUGAGCAGUCCGCUGAAAUGGGUGAGCCCCGCGCUGGCACCACUCUUUGGCUUCGCUUCUGCAAGCCCACAGUCCUCGAGAGGCCUCCGCUCGCCGAGUGCCUCGCCACGUGGUCGAAGUAGCAGCCCGAAGCCACAGAAAGCGCGAGGUGACACGCGGGAGGUGUUUGAUGACGAGCAUUUGGCCGCAAAGCCGGUCUACGGAACCUACGGGGCAGAUGACCCUGCUGACGAAUGGGGAGGUCAGCUCCUCCAGCAUCAGCUGUGA